CCAGCCUGAGAGGCUAAACUGAGGAUGAAAAAUAUAUUGCACCAACGUCAACUAUACGUCACGGAAAAACCAGGAAGUGAUAGUCAGUACGUGGCCUUAUCAUCUUGGACCAUAGAAACAGGAGCUCCGUAUCAUUGCAAAAUGGAACUCGAGGCUAUGACCAGAUACACCAGCCCGGUGAACCCGGCUGUGUUCCCCCACCUCACCGUCGUCUUGCUGGCCAUCGGCAUGUUCUUUACUGCCUGGUUCUUUGUCUACGAGGUGACAUCAACAAAAUACACCAGGGACGUCUACAAAGAGCUGCUCAUAUCCCUCGUGGCUUCACUGUUCAUGGGCUUCGGUGUGCUGUUCUUAUUACUCUGGGUUGGCAUCUAUGUAUGAAGUUUCGGGGGACUGACUUAACAAAAUGACACAUUCCAGUGGAGCAAAGGACAUCACACAUAACACGGACUGCACUGACAACAUUUGGGGAUCAUAUGGACUCUGGUUUUCUUGUCACAAGUAAAGGAGAUUUGUACAACU